AUGUCUGCUUGUGACGCAAGGGCGCUAUGGCGGGGAGACGCGCGUCCCUUCCUCACUCACUGCUUCGACGACAUCUUCCUCUUCGGAGCAGCCACCGUCUUUAUCUUCAUGUUCGGCUCCUACCGGGCAUGGACGCUCCUCCACAUCCCCCCUAUGGAGGAAUUUCCCUACUCCACCAUGCACAGUGUGAAAGUGAUGGUCCUCGGAUGGCUGGGCAUGUUUCCUCUGAUUGUGUUUGCGGCCAAGUAUGCCAACGGUGCUCAUGAUGACUUCGAGUGGAUCGCAAAGCCCCUUGCCUCCUCGGCAUGGCUGUACAGCCUUUGGCUCUUCAACAUGGAGGUUUCUCGCAACCUCACAGAGUGUUGGAUCCUCAAAACUUUCUGGGCCACGUCAGCAAUUGCUGGGACCUUCAGCCUGCCAACGGUUGUGAUCGCAUCGGAGACCAACGGCUACGGCCUUUCCUUUUAUGCCUACCUCCUCCACUACGUCCUUUACCUCGUGAUCGUCGUCCUCGCCUUCCGCUUUCCACACCAGUCCAAAGGACGAGCAGACGUGGCGCCAGAGCUGGGCACCUUGCAGGACGCCCAGUCCAAGAUGGAGGGAGCAGAGGGGAAGGAUCGAAACCAAGAGCACUUGGGCUUCCUUACGGAGGUGUGGAGAGAUCGGUUCUGGAAGGUCCUCAGCAUGUUUGAGCCCGAGAAGCUCUUGCUCUCCUUGUCCUUCCUGUGCAUGAUAGCUUCAGUUGCGUCCUCCGGCUUCGCCUUUGUCAUCCUCGGCCGUCUCUUCAACAACUUCUACUAUCCUUACUCCCCAGGAUCCGCCAGGGGGCAUCUGAGAGAAUACUGCGUGAUCUUGGUGGCUAUCUAUCUGAUCUGCUCGAUCCUCGACGCCGCCUAUGCCACCAUCAUCCACAACGCGGAGGAGAGGAUGGCGUCGAGGACGAGGAGGAAGGUCUUCCACAACCUGCUGCGGCAGGAAGUAGAGUUCUUCGACGGGAAGAAGCCCGAGGAGCUUGUGGAGAGCAUACAGAACGACGUGGCACUGCUGCAGAAGACACUCGGGGACCACAUGAUACAUGGCCUCCACUGCAUCCUCACAGUCUUGAUGUGCAUCUUCAUUAUGUUCAUGAUCAGCUGGAAGAUCACUCUUGUGGUCCUGUCCCUGGUCCCGAUCUGCAUGCUCGUCGGCAAGAUCCAGAAGUUUUACGCCAGGAGGCUAGGUAAGGAGAGAGCGGAGGCGAUGGCUACUUCGAUGGAGCUGGUGGAGGAGACUCUGUCCAGCCUUCGCAUCGUCCGCUCGCUCGCUGCGGAGUCCCGACAGCUCGAGAAGUUCAAGGAGAUGGCAGCGGAUAUCUACGACCUCUCCCUCCAGACCGGGCUGGUGGACGCAACUUCCAAGAGUUCCGCAACGCUCAUGAUACAGCUCGCCGUCGUCCUGUCACUCUACGUUAGCGGGCUGGCCGUCCUGUCCCGCCAGGUCGAAGUCGGCUACCUCGUCACGUACGCUGGCGUUACCAUCCUUGCGAUCUCAAGCAUCGCCCAGCUGUCGCCCCUCCUGAGGCAGAUUACCAAGGCGCUCAGGGCCUCUGAGAGAGUUUUUCACCUACUCGAUCGAUCUCCCAAGUUCGGCGGCAGCGGAGGAAGCACCAUGGAGAAGGUGGACGGGAGGAUCGAGAUGAGGGAGGUGGACUUGUUCCCCGAUGCUCCGAGCAGCGACAAGCUCCUCAGCUCAGUCUCGAUCUCGGCCGGGAGCAUCGCGGCCAUCGUGGGGGGAAGGGGAGCAGGGAAGACUCGGCUCAUGGAGAGCAUGCAGCGCAUGCAGGAGCCGGCAGGCGGCAGCAUCCUGCUGGAUGGGAGUGACGUGAAGGCGCUGGACCCUGACUGGCUGAGGGAGCAUGUGGUGGCCGUGCAGACAGAGCCUGUCCUGUUCGCCAUGAGCAUCGCGCAGAACAUCUCGUAUGCUGUCGAGACGGCGUCGCAGGCGCAGGUAGAAGCUGCUGCUCGUCUCGCCUGCGCCCACGAGUUCAUCCAGCUCAUCCCCGACAGCUACCAGGCGCAUGUCGGGGACACAGGUGUGCGGCUGACGGCCAUGCAGAAGCUGCAGGUUGCGAUCGCAAGAGCCUGGCUGACAACAGCCAACGUCAUCCUCCUGGACGACGUGUUCUCUCGGAUGGACGCUGAGACUGCAAGGAGGAUCCUUUCCAACCUGCGGGGACGACGGGGCGACCGGACGGUCAUCAUAUUCUCCUCCUCUUCCAGCCUUCUCGAGGGUACGUGCGACUCUUUCUCCUACCUCGAGGGAGGACGGCUGUUGGGGACAGGCUCCCACGGUGAGCUCGCUGCCGUUUUCCCGUCCUACGCCCAGCUCGCUGACCGCCACGGCUCCUCCCAAGAUGCCUCCCACGCCGAGGAGGCGGAGGAGGGAGUGUGGAGGAGGCGGCUCCAGCUGGCCGACGAGCUGGAGGACAGUAUCUUCCAGCUGGGGUUGCCGCAGGGAAAGGUGAUGGCGCUGGUGGAGAUGGCGAACGAGAUGAAGGAGGCGCUCGUCCUGGAGUCCCAGACCCUCGGCUAGAACUUAAAAUGUACAGAGAAAACAUAUACAGCUCCGACUCU